GCCGGUGACGAACUAGACUGCACGAUAAGUUUACUACACCAUCACUGGGUGCGGGGUGACGCUGCACUUUGCUGAACAUAUAAAACGAAAGAUCGACGAUAGUUUCACAGACGUAUUUUCGAUUAGAAACAGGAAACAAGGCCGUCUGAAAUCCAAACAUGAGCAAGUGCAAAAUCUGGACACUGAAAGCUGACUUUCAAGGACAAGCAAAAUUUUCCGAUUUUCAACUUAUAGAAGAAGACAUCCCCACCAUCCUUAAAGAUGGAGAACUGGUAUGCGAGGCCAUGUACCUGUCAGUGGAUCCUUACAUGAGAUUUUUUUCGGAAAUGUCCAAAGUUGGCGAGCCCGUGGCCGGAGAGCAAAUAGCCAGGGUGACGAAGAGUAAAAACGCCAAAUACCCUGUCGGUACAAAAAUCCGGCUAUCGUCCGGCUGGAGGUCUCAUACUCAUGUUAAAGAUGUCUCAACGAUAGACGUUAUGCCCGAACUGGGUGAUCUCCCUUUGUCGCUGACACUUGGAGUGAUGGGGAUGCCAGGGAUGACGGCGUAUUUCACCUUACUUGACGUACUGAAAUUACAAAAAGGAGAGACGAUGGUUGUGAGUGGUGCCGCUGGAGCAGUAGGGAGUCUUGCUGGGCAGAUAGGAAAAAUACUGGGUUGCACAGUAAUUGGGUUUGCUGGGACAGACGCAAAGAUUAAGUGGUUGAAGGAACUGGGAUUCGACUAUGCAUUCAACUACAAGACUGAAGAUGUGAGCAAGUCCAUUGAGAAGGUGGCUCCGGACGGCGUACACUGCUAUUGUGAUAUGGUUGGAGGGGAAAUCAGUUUCCAGGUAUUGAAACACAUGAGGAAUUUCGGCCGCAUGGCGGUGCUGGGGUCAAUAUCGACGUACAACAACAGCAAGGAUAUAUCAGCACCCUACCUGUUUCCGGAUAUCCUUAAAAAAUCACUGACAAUUACUGGAUUCAUCAUUUUUAAUAUCCGAGAGAAAUGGCACAUCGGCGAAAAGAAAAUGGCGGAAUGGAUCAAACAGGGUAAAUUGAAAUACAAGGAGACCAUUACAGAGGGAUUUCAAAACAUGCCCGAAGCCUUCCUCGGAUUAUUCGAAGGGAAAAACACAGGCAAAGCAGUCGUGAAGGCGUGAAUGUUAUCAGAAAAAAAAACAUUUGGUAGAAUUUAAAUAUUUCUAAAAAUGCUUGUUUCAUAAUUUCAUAUGCCCAAUACAAGAUAAAAAACUUGACUUCAUAAUUUCAAGAGUUGGAAAAAAAGAAAAAAAAGAAAAGAAAAAAAUGUAUUAUUUAACCGCAUAGAAUUUGUUAUGAAAUGCUAUAUCAGAAUCGCUUCAUUUUUGUGUUAUUUAUUUAAGAAAUCCAAUAUUUCUACCAUCAUUCUUACUCUUUACAUUAAAAAGUAUGCAUCUCACAAUGAAUACAAUGUACUGUACUGAAUAUAUCAUAUCUCAUUUAGUGGCAUACCUUUGUUUCUGAUUCUGAAUCGACGUGUACCUCAUUUUGUCUGUCAUGCUGUGAAAUGUCCACUCGCUGAAUGAAAUAAACUUCAAAUAAACAAGUCCAAAAAGGCAGAAAAUGUC